AUGUUACUAGUUGAGUCUCCAACAUGGAUGACAUACACGGAAAACUAUGAACGACUUCAAUCAAUGUUCACAGAUUAUCCACGUGCUUUGAGAUACGUAGAGGAUACAUGGUUAAAUAAGUACAAAGAAAUGUUUGUGUCGGUUUGGGUAACUUCGAUCAACGAAAGUUUUGAAAACAGCAGAUGUUAUUGCUACAAUCACCACAAUUUGAAGUGCUUUCGGUUACUGCGUGGUUUUGUUUCAAACGAAGCUUUAGAUAUAAUAUUAGGAGAGUUUCAAAGGUUGAAUGAUCUAAAUUCAGACUCCUCAAAUUGUGGUUGCAAACUUCGUAACAGUUGUGGGUUACCAUGUGCUUGCAUACUUUCUGUCUACUCGAAUUCAGGUGAAGAUAUACCCUUGCAUUCAAUAGAUAUAUUUUGGAGGAAGCUUGAUAUUUCAGAUACGACACCUGUAGUAGACGACAAUAUUUUGUGUGAUGAUAUAGUCGAUAAAUAUAAAGAAAGCUUCAAGAAGCAAUCAAAAGCCGGGAAACAAGCUUAUAUGAGAAAGCUACAAGAGAUAUAUGAUCCGCAAAAAACUGACAUUGGAGAGCCUACAGUUCAAAAACACACUCGUGGACGACCAAGUGUGAAGAAACACCAGAAAAAGAAAGUCAAUCCUCCAAAUCAAGCUCCUAAUGGAUACAACUUCUCAACCACAUCAGAGUUUGUUGGGUUCGAUUUAAAUAAAGAACCUGACUUAAAUGAUGAACCACCGAGCCAUGAUCCAUUCAUACUGAGAAGUAUUCCAGAUAUAUUUCAUGAUUACAUUGACGAUAUACAUGAUGUAGAAGGUGAUGGAAAUUGUGGGUUUCGAGCGAUAGUUGUUUGUCUAGAGUACAAUGAAGACCAGUGGCUUUAUAUUCGAAAACAAUUGCUUGAAGAGUUAGAGAGUCAAUAUUACGCAUACCAUAGAGUUUUUACUGACGGGUUCAACGAGGUAUACAAUUCAUUGCGUUGGUUUGAAACACCUGCACCUUCUCAAUAUUGGUUACAUAUGCCUUUGACUGGUUACAUGAUUUCCAACAAGUUUGGUGUGAUCAUUCAUUGUUUAAGCCACGAACAAUCUACGACAUGCUUCCCUCUUUGGAGAGGUCCCGAAGAGUUUCAACCCCACAGAGCCAUUACGUUGACAUUUGUAAAUGGCAACCAUUAUAUGUCGGUGUUUUUGAAAGGAAAUUACCCAAUGCCUCCUACCACAAUGUAUUGGAAUGCCCAUAGAAGCCCAUCAGCAUCUACAUGGGAAACUAUGUAUUGGCCUCGUUUUGAAUUAUACAAUCAACUUUACAAUCAACUUAGGCCUCGUAGUUCUGUAGCACCUUGGAUACAUAUCGAUUAA